AUGGGGAAGUCUUCUUGCUGUGAUAAGAAGGGAUUGAAGAAAGGGUCAUGGACUCCUGAAGAAGACCAGAAGCUUUUAGCUUAUAUUGAAGGACAUGGCCAUGGAAGCUGGCGGGCGUUGCCUGCAAAAGCUGGACUACAAAGAUGUGGGAAGAGCUGCAGACUUAGGUGGAUCAAUUACCUGAGGCCAGACAUUAAGAGAGGAAAGUUCACCCUUCAAGAGGAGCAGACCAUCAUUCAGCUCCACGCUCUUCUUGGGAACAGAAACCAUUGGAAUACACAUCUCAAGAAAAGAUACAAGAUGGGUAUUGAUCCCGUUACCCAUAAGCCAAAAUUAUUGCCACUAGCUACACUGACGAGCUCUGCCAAGAAUGUGGCUAAUCUUAGUCACAUGGCUCAGUGGGAGAGUGCUCGUCUUGAAGCCGAGGCUAGGCUGGUUCGUGAGUGCAAACUUCUAGCACCCUCUUCAAACCUACCUCUUCAGUUCCACCGACCAGUUCUGCCGUGGAUCACCUCAAAAACUACUCAUUCCUCAACUCGUCAACAUUUGAUCACCAACAAAGCUGUUAUGGUACCACGAGAAGGCAAACCCCAAUGUCUCGAUGUGCUCAAAGCGUGGGAAGGGGAAGUCUCUAACAUGUUUUUCACCGUCACUUCUGCCACCAGGGACGUCAACUUGAUCGAGGGUCUGAAGUCACCAACGUCAACUUUGAGCUUCUCAGAGAACGUGUUACCAAUUACAACGACCGUUGAAUUUAGUGAAAACCAAGUUGACAGUAAUUUUCUGAUGUGUAGAACCACAGAAUUCAAAGAUGAUGGUCAAAAUGACAAUAGCUAUAAAUGCCAACAUGCUAAAAUGUCAAACCAAAAAUCGCCAGAAUUUUGGAAAUACAAACUCGACAAUGAUAUUCAUGCAAUGGUAGUGCAUGAAAUGACAACGUAUCCAAAUGAUCGUACGUUGUUUUAUGAAGAUUCAUCAAUGGUGGAUCUGUCAGGGAGGCUUGCCUAUCAUGGUUCUUCUUCUAAUCAAGUACAAGAUCCACCAUUAUUGAGCUUCAAUAAUGGUGGAAGCUAUGUUAGCGAUAUGGUUGAUGAAGAGAUCAGUAAAAGCUACUGGGAAAACAUGUUGCUAAACGUAGCCAAUUAUGCUUCACCAUCUGGAUCACCUGUAUUUUAG